UUUGUGUCGCAGCGUGGACAACAGCGAGUACAUGAGGAACGGGGACUUCCUCCCCACGCGCCUGCAGGCGCAGCAGGACGCCGUGAACAUCGUGUGCCACUCCAAGACCCGCAGCAACCCCGAGAACAACGUGGGCCUCAUCACCUUGGCCAAUAACUGUGAAGUGCUGACCACGCUGACCCCAGACACAGGCCGGAUCCUUUCCAAGCUCCACACAGUGCAACCCAAAGGGAAGAUCACCUUUUGCACAGGAAUCCGAGUUGCUCAUCUGGCUUUGAAACAUCGUCAGGGCAAGAAUCACAAGAUGCGGAUCAUCGCCUUUGUCGGGAGCCCCGUGGAAGACAACGAGAAAGAUCUGGUGAAACUGGCAAAGCGUCUUAAGAAAGAAAAAGUCAACGUUGACAUCAUCAAUUUUGGAGAAGAGGAAGCCAACACGGACAAGCUGACGGCCUUCAUUAACACCCUGAACGGCAAGGACGGGACGGGCUCCCACCUGGUGACGGUGCCGCCGGGGCCCAGCCUGGCCGAAGCCCUCAUCAGCUCCCCGGUCCCGGCCGGCGAGGGGGGGGCCACGCCGGGCCCUGGGGCUCCGCAGGCCCUGCGGGUCUCCAUGGAGGAGCAGAGGCAGCGGCAAGAGGAGGAGGCCAGGAGGGCCGCGGCGGCCUCCGCUGCCGAGGCCGGGAUCGCGUCCACCGGAGGGGAUGAAGUGGACAGCAGCACGGCCAUGGACACGUCGGAGCCCACCAAGGAGGAAGACGACUACGACGUGAUGCAGGACCCCGAGUUCCUGCAGAGCGUCCUGGAGAACCUGCCGGGGGUGGACCCCAACAACGAGGCCAUCCGCAACGCCAUGGGCUCGCUGGCCUCGCAGGCCUCCAAGGAGAGCAAGGACAAAAAGGAGGAGGAGAAGAAAUGACGGCGCCGCCGC